AUGGCCGCAGUAUUUGCAGGCAGCGCGGCGCGGGAUCUCGAGAACCUGCGCCCUCCGGAAGAGGUCCAUUUGGCGUCCGAUGGAACACGCCGUGAUGCUCAACAACCCCGACAUGCCCAGUCCCAAACCUCCCUGCGGUCGCAAUCACAAAUCGCCUCCGUCCCCUCCAAUACAGGCCAACAAGCCCCAGCGGAUGUCGCCGAGGAACUGGCCUGGGGCCCCGCCCACCCCUGUUAUCCUCAUCUCAACCCCCAUGUCCCGAUCGGUUCGCAAGAAUACCUCACCACACGAGUCAUUCGCAUUCGACGCGAUUGGAUGGUCAGGGGAGACCUGGCACCGACAUUCUCAAACCUAUACCCAGAGAUCUUGGACCCGUUACUAUCGGAGCAGGAGUUCCGCCAAAUCGUCUCGACAGUCAACAAUGGCGUUGUCAAGGCUUUUGACCCCUAUAGCCUGCGCAACUGGGUGGACGGGGCAAUUGGUCUUUUGACCGGCUGGGUUUGGGACGAUCUGAACGCCCCCGGGGUCAAGGGCGAACUGCAGCAGGUGGAGUCCUGGCUUCAGAACUGGAACCGUGAAGUCGGUGCCAAGGACGGUGUACACAUUUGGAGCCUACGACGAACGGCAUACAUGUCGAUCGAUAUCCAGAUUCCUGAUCCCAAAGUUGGGAUCGUGCCCAGUGAGGCUCCUUCCUUACCGAAUACCAGGCCCAGCACUGGUGUUGGGAAUUGA